AUGGUGGAGUUGCUGUCAUCUCGACAGAAGCGCUCGCACCGUAACUGCGUCACUUCGCUGGGCCUUGACGGCGGUCGCCUGGCCAGCGGCGGCAAGGAUUCCUGCGUGUUGCUGUACGACUGCUCGGAUGAAGGCCUGCGUAACAAUGGCAAAUUUGACGUUUCACCGUUGGCUUCCGUCCGUACAAAUGUGCUCAGCGUGGACCUCGCUGGAGACCGCGUGCUUUGCGGCACCUCUUGUGGGCAGGUGCAUCUCAUAGACGUUCGCAGCGGCGCUUCUGGUCGCAUUCUGGCUCACACCUCGCAAGUGAGCUGUGUUAAGUGGCUGGAUUCGGCACGUAACGUGGCGGCAAGUACAUCUUUGGACGGAAAGGCAAAGGUUUGGGACGUCAGACAUACGUCGGUUCCGCUGCACGAGCUCAUCGGCCAUACCGCCGGCGUGAACUUCUGCGACUCUCUGCCCAACGCUCCGCCUCCUGACGAGUUGGCUAUCAACUUUGGAGACUAUUAUGAGCGGGUUCUCACGGUUGGCAGCGACCGCACCGCUCGGCUGUGGAACCUGAAUAGCGGGACCCACCUGGCAUUCAAGGUACCUGCCACCCUAUCGCAAAACGUGGAAUGCGGCUGUGUGAUGCUCAAGCGACCACAAUACAUAUUUGCCGUUGGACUGGACUCAGAAUAUGUGUUGGUGUUCUCUACGAAGUUGAAAAAGCAUAUCGGAUCCAUUUCGAUUGGAGGACCCAACGUGUGGGUGAACUGCAUACGCGUGUUCGGCCCGUACCUGAUUGUUGGCACCAGUAUUGGGAAGCUUUACUUUGUGCGGUACACAUUCAACGGCGACCACUCGAGUUGUACACUCGAAGUGGAGUCUAGCUUUGACUAUGAUGGUUCAGUGAACGACAUACGGUACGGUAGUGUAGGCGGCGAACUUCGCAUGUAUAUCGCUCUCGGCACGGAAAUGCGCCUUGGCAGAUGGAGCGUCUGCGAGUUGGAAUCAGAUUCAAAGCCUAAAAACCUCAUAAAUGAAUCUAUAUUCAUCGUCUAA